AUGCUUGGAGUGUGGAAAGAACUUCUUUCACACGGAGAGAAACCAUAUAAAUGCUUGGAGUGUGGAAAGACCUAUCUGAAGAAAACUCUCACUUUUCAUAAAAGAAUUCACAUAGGAGGAAAAUUUAAAUGCUUGGAAAGAGCUUCACGCAUAAGGACGAAUGUGGAAAGAGCUUCCCACGUAAGGAUAGGCUCACUACUCAUCAAAGAAUUCACACGGGAGAAACCAUAUAAAUGCGAUGAAUGUGGAAAGAGCUUUGCUCUACAGGCACAUCUCACUUCCCAUCAAACAAUACACACAGGGAAGGAACCAUUUAAAUGCUUGGAGUGUGGAAAGAGGUUCUUUUGGAAGGCAGACCUUACUACUCAUCAAAGAAUUGACACAGAAUGGAGUGGAGGGAGAAAGCCAGAGGGCAAGGACGUGGAUGAAGGAGGAAAAGGAGGCAGCAGCGGAAUGGAGAUGAAGAACUGUGGAGACAAGCCUCUUGCUGUUGCUGCGGAGAGCAACAGCCAGUUGCAGCCACUUGAGUCACAUCUUGUUGAUACUGAGGAGGUGAAACUGGAAAGUGAAGUUCACAAAGGAGGCUCUGUGGAUGAGGAAGACAACAUGAAGCAGUGCCAGUUGCCGACAGCCACAUCUGCAGAACAGCAAGUACCAUGGUUUGACUUUGAGAAAGCUUGUGCAUUUGUGAGCCAGAGUGGGAGGUGUGUGAUGCAGUUACUGCCUUUCAAGGAUCAAAACUCUGAGAUCAGCUGUUUCCUCCUCAUCCAAUGUGAAGAAACAUUUCGAGGUGACCCUUUGUCAUGCUGGUCCUGA